UUCGGGGAGUUGUCCUGUAGGAGUUCAGCGGAAUAUUAAGCCCUUGCUGCCUGAAGGUGCCUCGCCUGCUGAUCCUACCAGGGAGGCUCGCAGUCUGGGUGUGUCCGUCUGUCAAGGUGUGUCCGUCUGUUGAGUCACUGUCGGUAGCGACAGAUAUCCGAGCGAAGUGUGGGAAUAGACGACUUUCUUCUUUUGAGCUUUUAACUGAGACGUUAAUACAUCAUCUGUCACUUUCCUGUCGGUGACCGUCCAGCUUCCUCCUUACAGACCGGGACGAAGGUUUAUCGAGCAGUUUUCGUAAAAAUGGCGAAUGUUUUAAUUUUCAACAUCUGCCUUCUGCUGAUCCUGUCCCGUGUGGAGUCCUGUUUUAUCCCGAAGUCUAUACAUGUACAAGUGCCCCAAACAAUUCAGGCUGGAUACCAUAUCACAAGAGUCGCCGACUGUGACACCAAAUCAAUGCACCUAACAUCGAAGGACCCGAGUUUCAUAGUAGAACCUAAUGGAGAAAUAGUAGCUUUGACUGCUGUGUCAGUGGCAAGUACAGGGCGGACAUUUUCUGUGUGGGCUCAGGACAACAGUGGGUUGGGAAGUGAGAUGGAAGUUCACCUUGUCCGCAGCACAGUGCAGGAAAGAAAGCAGACAGGCCAAGGCUUCCUGAAGCGCUCCAAGAGACGUUGGAGUCCUCCACCCUUCAACAUAUUGGAGAAUGAUAAGGGGCUCUUUCCAAAAAACAUUGAAAAGAUUGUAUCAGAUUCGGCAUCCACACGUAAGGUGUACUACACCUUUAGUGGACCUGGUUACGAUAAGCAUCCAGUGGGAGUGUUCGAUCUUGACCGGAACACUGGGAUGUUAAGCGUGAACAAGCCAGUCGAUCGUGAGGAGUUCCCGUCAUUUACACUAACCACUAACGUUCACGACUUUUACACAAAUGAGCUGACAGACUUACCUUUGCCCAUCACCAUAAUCGUUGACGAUGUGAAUGACAACGCUCCGACAUUUACAGACCGGCUGCAGUUCUCUGUGCUCGAGCGCUGCAAAGCAGGUACAGUUGUGGGGAUGGUGAAUGCUACAGACAGAGACGAAGAAAAAACCCUCCACGUCAAGAUCAAAUAUAGUCUGCUGGACGGAUUAGACCUGUUUUCCAUCCACCCAGAGACAGGCGUCAUCACCACAGUAACGAACAGCCUGGACAGAGAGGUAAAAGACAAGCAUAUGGUGACAGUACAAAUCAAAGAUAUGGACGGUGCAAACAAUGGUCUGUUCAACACAGGAACAGCAACCAUUACUCUGGCUGACAUCAAUGACAACCCACCGACUUUCACAAAACCGACUUAUGGGGUCACUGUCGCUGAAAAUGAAAAUGAAAAACUUAUCCUUCGAAUUCCCGUUGAAGAUAAGGAUUUAAUCAACACACCAAACUGGAUUUCUAAAUUCGUCAUCACGAAAGGAAAUGAAAAUGGCAAUUUCAGAAUGGCUACUGACCCCAAAACAAACGAGGGGCUUCUGUAUGUCUCGAAGGCCUUGGAUUAUGAGCAGAACCAAAACAUAAAGCUUCAGAUUGAGGCACGUAAUGAAGCUGAGCUGAGUAACACCAAUGCCCAGUGGCAGUCCAUCCCUGUGGAUGUCGCUGUCACCAAUGUUGAUGAGGGUCCACAAUUCACAGCUCCUACCGUGCGAUUCCCUGUCAAAGAGAACGUACCAAACGGCACACUGAUAGGAAUUUACAGAGCUGUAGAUCCCGAGACCAAGAGCAGUGACGGCAUCAUGUAUUACAAGGUCACAGACCCAGCCUCCUGGAUCAAUGUCGACAGAAAUACCGGAGAGCUGAAGGUUGCAAACACAAUUGACAGAGAGUCAUCGUUCGCCCAGAAUGGAACGUACAUCAUAACCAUGAAAGCUGUUGAUGCUAGCUCCAAGACAGGCACAGGAACAGUCAUCCUUGUGGUGGAGGAUGAAAACGACAACAAGCCAACACUCCCUAGCAAGAUUGUGUUGUGUGAGAAGGAAGGAGAGCUUGGUUCUGUGCUGGUUGAGGCUGAAGACAACGACCAGCCUCCAUUUUCUUCCCCCUUCAGGUUUAGUUUGCCACCUGAUAAUGAUGGCAAAUGGUCUUUGAAACCUUUCAAUGACACAGCAGCUACGUUGCAGCAGCUCAAAGAGCUUCCUACGGGGUUACACGAAGUUUCCAUCGAUGUUAAAGAUCUGCAGGGCAAUGGUGGCAUACAGAAGACGAACAUAAAGAUUUGCCAGUGCAGAAAUGGCGCCUGCUUGAGCAAGGACAAGGCUGUGUCAUUAGGGGGACUGGCUUUACUGGCCAUGCUGUUGCCGCUGGCCCUCCUCCUACUGCUCUGCCUACUGCUUGCCUUUUUCUGUAUAACAAAAGGAGACAAGCUUGAAAUUGAUGAUGCAGGAGACAGUGGUGGAAUCCUGCUCAAAUCAAACACUGAGGCCCCAGGGGAAGAAGUGGAUUCAAGUCUCAUCAAUGUUCCCACUAUGUUGGUUGACCAAGCAGUGAAGGGCUCAGUGAAGGGUUCUGGGCUGAACGCAGGAUGGCUGGGGAAAAAGAGCUCCAGCACAAUCGGAGUCAAUAGCACACAAGAGAAUGGGAUUUAUAAGUCCGGUGUUGUCACAGACGAUAUGCAACAGUUCUAUUCGAGCCAGUAUGAUAGCCAGUAUGGUGCUCAACAGUUUAAUGGAGGCCAUCUUGUUGGUAGCGGUAUGGACUUCCACCAUCAGUACCUCAUUCAGGACUCAGCUCUCCUUCAGAACUGGCAAACAAAUGGCCGCUAUCUGGACCAGAAGCUGACCUUGCUCGGAUCAGAGGGGGACGGACGGUAUGCCGACGACAUCAUCCACGCCUACGGGUUUGAGGGGGUAGGCUCCGUGGCUGGCUCCAUCGGAUGCUGCAGCGAAUAUGACGACAAGGAGAACCUUGACUUCCUGAACACACUCGGACCGAAGUUCAACACCCUGGCAGAUGUCUGCAAAAGCACAUGAACAAUGAAGUUUAAAAAUAAUGGUGUUUACUUUUCACUGUACAGGAUGUUGUGAGGCCUGUGAUCUAAAUGCUGGAUAUGCCCCUGAACAUGAAUGAGUCAAAGAACAAGCAGGUGGCGUCAGUGUGCGUGCAAUGCUCUGCUGUUGCUUCUUAUUGUUUUUUUGUUUUUUUUUUGCUGCUUUUUGGUAAAAGUCUUUUGCACUGAAAACUGCAGAUGCAUUCAGUUGUACAUACUUUGUGUUGUGUAUUGUGUGUUGUUUGCCUUUAGAGUCUCGGUCCCUCACAUUAGCUAUGCCCGCUUAUCCUUUUAGAGGGUGGCGGGGGACUGGUUUUGAAGGUUCAAUAUGAUAUAUUGAUAUAUGCAGUAAAGGGCCGUAGGGUUUUCUGUCAAUUAGUAAGAACUUCGGGUAUUUUGGUUAUUUCUGAUGAUGUUCAUUUGUGCAUUUGUGCGGCUGCGUUUAAAGUUUUGAUAUAUUUUUUAAAGAAAAAUAAAACCAAUAAAUGAAUUAAGACAAUAA